AUGUCAGAGACACCUGAAGUCACAUCUCAGACACCUUUGUCGAUAUCUGAACUUUCAGAGGUGCCUGUGAUAGUACCUGAAACACCUGACAUACAUGAUGUCCAACUGCAACCUGCAGACUAUGACACCCCAACUCCUAUCUUGAAAGUGGAUGAUAUCACGGCUGUACUGAAUGACUUGACAACUACUAUUCAAAAGACUUUCUCCACCACAUUACAAAUCUUGCCACAGGACAUUUCCAAUGAUAUUUUAGAUGAAAACAAUAUGAUUGGAAAUGAAAUUGAUGACAUUGUGGUCAGACCCGUACGUCCUGUCGGAGACCAUGUUGUGGAGCUGAGUAUUAAGCUAAGAGGUGAAAGUUAUGAUGAUGCUCUGAGAGAUCCAUCAAGUCCCUACUAUCAACAUCUAUCGGAGCUGUUCAUUGAUAAUACUGAAGAGGUGUUUAAAAGGCUCCCGGGUUUCAAGAAAAUAUUUGUCCUUGAAUUCAGGCCACAGAAGGACAUUGAAGGAGGCCUGGCAGUGGUGGUGCACUACGCUGUGGUUCUUGAGGGCGAGGGUGCGGGAAUAAGUAAUGAGACUAUGGAUUACAUAAACUUGCAUUCCAACAUGGUUGAGAACUCCUUCACAGAUCCCGAUGAGCUUCCCACUGUGGUCUACACAAUCACAAACUUCGUAAACUACAUCACUAAUGCCCUACACAAGGAGAAUUUCAUCAGAAACACCACUCUGGAUGUGGACCCUGAUUCUUUGCAACUGGAAAAUGUGGAGACAUCGCUGCCUUCCAAACCAACAAGCAGACCGAUUGACUCCAGUGACAUGAUGGAUAAUGUUCUUGCAUCUGAGAAACCACCAGAUGUUCCUGGGCAGGAAUUAUCCAACAAUGACAUCUUCAUUACAAACAAUGGCUUCUUUGACCCUGAUCACACUUUUGAUCCCUGGAUGAAUAGACAAAGUAAGGACACAAAUGCAAAUGAUGUAAUCAUCUUUGAGGAAAGUACCACUCUGUCUCCCGCAGAAGUAUCUUUGAAGAAUUUGGAUAUUGAGCUUACCUCUAAAUCUGAGACCACAAGUAGUGCACCUGCUCCUGGUGCAGAAAACGAUGGUAUUCUUGAAGAGGAGGGAUUCUUACAGACUGCAGCUACAGUCAGUCCUAUCACAGGCACGAUAACUGUUGCCUUACCUACAGAAUCACCUCACGAGAUAGAAAAGACACCAGUUUCUCCAGUGGAACCUCCUGAUGUUGAGCUGACUACUCAGAGUGAUUUUAUAGAUCUGGGCUCGGGCUCAGGUUUCUCUGGGGAUUACCUAGGUCCUGACAUCUGGCCUUGGGUGUCAGGAACACCACAAGAAGUCUUGAUGGACGAUGAGGAUGAGGUACAGGUACACCAACCUCAGGAAGACCGGGGAACUAUAGAGGAACAGCUUGAGCCUCAAGACCUGCCACCUGAAGAGCCAUUCUUGGACAGGGUUCUUGUGACACAAGACAUUCGUACCCAUCCUCACUACACAACAACUGACCAAGCCCCAGUUUUCUUGACUAUGGAGACUUUGACUGUCGAGCUUUCUAUGCAGACCCAAGUAGCCCCUGAAGGAUAUGAUGACUAUUUUCCAGAUGAAUCUACCACUAUGGCCACACAUGUGACCAAUCGACCCUUGUUACAUGUCUAUACUUCAGCAGAAGCUCAAGAUGUGGGUUCAUCACAAAGUCCUGAUACAGUCAGUUCACCUACUGAUAAAGACUAUACAGAACGACUUGUUAUGCCCACUGUGAUCCCACCAAGCACAGCAGUAGCUACGGAUGAGUAUACUUCAACAGACAGCAAACAGAAUCAGGAAACUGUGGGUGCACCAGUUGUAACGCUGGCCUCCACAACAAAGUCAAAUAAAAUCCCUUCAUCCACGCAGUUACCUGUAAUCCUAGACAUUGAUACAGUUUCUGUGGAAGGUCCUACCACUUAUUCAGAAGCUGUUGAGCAUCCUGUAACCCAAGGUACCACAGAGUUACCUGCACUCGUAUGGCCAGAGGUGGAAGAAUCACAUGAAGAAGUCAAGAUUCUAGAUGAGGAGAUGGAAAGCAUCAAGCUUGUGCCUACAGAAAGCCGAGUUACUGAACUGUCAGAAGAUGAUUUAGUUAGGGAUGAGAUCUUGGUCGCAACAACAGCCUCAACAUCAAUAGCCACUGAUAGACCAAGUUUAGAUCAUUCAGCUUCCCUGUCUCCUGAGAAGGACUCUCCGUUUACUCGGAUAUCACAUUCAUCAAUAGAUGAGGAUGAACCUGUACCAGAAUCAACCACAGAACCUCUACCUACCCAAUCAUCCACUCAUUCGGCUCUUCAAGAGACGACUCCAGAGACUCCAACUGUUGCGGUGCACACUUAUGUUGCAACUGUUUCAGAGAAUCCUGUUUUAUCAGAGAAUGUUGACGAUGGGGAUUCAACUACAAUAUUUCAGUCAUCCACAAUUUCUUUCAUUCCAGAUGUUUCAGAACAUUUGGAGACUGUUAGUUCCACCACUGUACCAUCAUUUUAUAAACCAACAUUUAGACCUACCGACAAGAUAGUUAAUCUUGGAGAAACUUUAGACAACUCAGUACAAGAACACACAGUAGGGUCAAAAUCUGACAUCAUCCUACCUCCGAAACUAGUAGGUUCGGACAGUACUACUAUGAAAGUUCCUCCUCCAGUUAACCCCAAUGUAACAGAAUUUGAAGUUUCAUUCGACAUCUUCCCAUUUGAUGGGCCAAGCCAUGGUGAAGAUGAUGGUAGUGGCUUCGCUCAUGGGACAGACUUGGCAAGUAUUGCCUUGCCAGCCAGUCCUGGAAGGGCAUUAAUAGUGUUUUUCAGCCUCAGGGUCACCAACAUGAUGUUUUCUGAAGAUCUGUUCAACAAGAGCUCUACUGAAUACAAGGCUCUUGAACAGAGAUUUCUGGAGCUGCUCGUACCAUAUCUACAAUCCAACCUCAGCAACUUCCAGAAUUUAGAGAUCUUGAACUUCAGGAAUGGCAGCAUUGUGGUAAACAGCAGGAUGAAGUUUGGCAAGCCAGUUCCCCAUGGCGUGACAACAGCAGUGUACCUGAUCUUAGAAGACUUCUGUAAUACUGCGUACCAAACAAUGAAUCUUGCAAUAGACAAGUAUUCAUUGGAUGUUGAAUCAGGUGAUCAGGCUGAUCCGUGUAAGUUCCAAGCGUGUAAUGAGUUCUCCCAGUGUUUAGUCAACCGCUGGUCAGGCGAGGCAGAGUGCGUUUGUAAGGCUGGCUAUUUUAGCGUGGACGGGCUGCCAUGUCAGAGUAUCUGUGACAUACAGGAAGACUUCUGCCAGAAUGAUGGGAAAUGUGACAUCAUACCUGGCAAGGGAGCCAUCUGCAGGUGUCGAGUCGGGGAAAACUGGUGGUAUCGAGGCGAACAUUGUGAGGAGUAUGUGUCAGAACCGCUGGUGGUUGGCAUCGCCAUCGCCUCGGUUGCGGGGUUCCUCCUUGUGGCGUCGGGCGUGAUCUUUUUCCUCGCCAGAACUCUGCGAGACCAGUAUGACACGGAUGAUUCAGAAGACCCUUUACGAUAUGCAGAGAAUGUGCCAUCUCUAGAAAGAGCUACUAAGUACAAUCCCAUGUUUGAAAGCGAAGCAACUGCGGGCUAUAAUCAGUACUACCGCCGUUACCCAGAAACCCCUGCGUAUAGCACCGGCAGUGCUGAGAUCUCCACGGACUUCAGCAGCGAGGAAAUACGACACAUUUAUGAGAACAGUGAACUUACGAAAGAGGAAAUCCAGGACCGUAUUCGAAUUAUCGAGCUGUAUGCCAAGGACCGCCAGUUUGCAGAUUUUGUCCGACAGCAUCAAGUAGCGUUUGACGCUAGACGAGAGAGCUCUUCUAAUUAGAGUGGCAAACCAGGUUGCAAACUGCUAAACCCAAGACACUUGCCUUUUUUCAUGAAUGGAAGAAGAAGUCCUCUUUUGCCAUGGUGGACUUUGCAGGAAGGUAGUUUGUGAAGAAAGUAAAUGGACUAAAGAUUUGAUUUUAUUAUUAUGGAGAGGUGUGCAGCCAUCACAAUGAUGGAUGGACAGAUUGUGAUCUAAUGUAGAAAAGCAAUGUAUUUGUGAUUAUGUUUACUGUUUUUACUAAUGGGCUGAUUUAUUACUGCAGUGUCAAGGCCAUAUUUAUUCACACUUUAGUAACGCAUACAGUAUCUGUGUCAUGUGACUACACCAGAUAACACAACUAUACGUCCGGGCAUCAUGUUGGUUCCUCUCUUUUUAUAAUGGAAAGCCUGUAUUUCUUUCUUAUGGUUUUUCAUUUGUCAGUGCCUUUACUUUGAUUCUUACUCUUUGUUUUUAUUUGCAAUGUGAGACAUAAUUUCUUGUGUCUUGUAACAUGGACUGACUGAAGAGAGAACGUUUCGCAAUAGAUAUACUAUUUUAAUGAAUACAUAGAAGAGUAGUUCCAUAUUUAUGUUUGCAGCUUAAACAUUUAACGUAUUUAUUUGGCCCUCGUGGCUGAUUUUUUGCGAAGACACAGCUUUAUUGAUUAAGGAUUUUCAUUAUACAUAAUUGAUUUCAACUUUCCAGUGUUUCUUUUAGGGAUGUGUUUUGUGUUUAGUUACUCACCUGGUUAAUUUUUCUACUUUUGUAAAACACUUGCCACGCACACAAGUGUAUUAAAUGUAUUUAUUCUAAAUGUUAACUUCCAUUAUCACAACAGAUUGUUCUAUUUAUGUAUAUUUUUAAUUUUAUUGAUUUCCACAAUGAUUUUCAUGGUGGUCACAGCACAAGUUCUAUUUUUUCGAAUAAAGAAUAGUGCACAAUGA